CCAGUCUUUAAAAUUGAAUGUCUCUCCACUGUGAGUUGAACUGUCUUUUGUUUGCACCUUAACAGAUGCCCAUACCAGCACAGCAGUUCCUCAAUAACGUCGUCUUCUUCAGUGUCAUUAAGUUACGAUGUUGAUGAGGAAGAAAUGGAUUUCUGGCCGUGCCUCUGUCUGUGUGGAGGGUCCGCAUGGGUUUCCUCUCACAUCCCAACCCUGCGCCCCAAGACUCCUUUUAACUUUGGCGUGAAUCAUAGAACUCCACCCUACCCUGCUGGGGAUUACUGUCUUCUGUGCAGAAGUGAGCGGAAAGACUCUUCAUUCCUAGAGAGUGGCAUCAAGACUGCGAGCAAACUGGCCCUUUCCGUGGCUCCCAAGGGCAACAGCGUGCUGCACCUGCCAUUGUGGGUGUGCCCGGACUGCCGGCGGACCGUGGAGAAGGAGGAGAGGCACGGUGGUCUGGAUCAGCCAGCGGGCCAGGACUUUCUUCUCCACGCCCCUCUGGGCGGGCCCCCAGCAGAGGCAGGCAACGGGAGGCUGGCUCUGGGCACCCAGCCACUGCCCUCGGACUCGUCGUGUGCUUGUGAGGCCUGCAGCGAGCGCAGAGAGAUCUCAGCAGAGACAGACCGGGAGCCGCAGCAGCUGCAGAACUACUGGUCUGAAGUGCGCUACAUGGUCCGCUGCAUUUACCGCCAGGCGGGGACCCCACUGGCAGAUGACCAAGACCAGUCCCUGGUGCCCGACAAGGAGGGGGUGAAGGAGCUCGUGGAUAGGCUUUGCGAGAGGGACCCCUACCAGCUGUACCAGCGGCUGGAGCAGCAAGCCCGCGAGUAUGUGCUGGAGAUGAAGGUCCGCCUCCUGCGGCAGCUGUCAGCCGCGGCCCGAGUGAGGGCGCCCUCUGGCCUGCAGGGCCCCCCACAGGCCUACCAGUUCAUCUCCCUGCUGCUGGAGGAGUACGGCGCCCUCUGCCAGGCAGCGCGCACCAUCAGCACCUUCCUCGGCACUCUGGAAAACGAGCACUUGAAAAAGUUCCAGGUGACAUGGGAACUGCAUAAUAAGCACCUGUUUGAAAAUCUGGUUUUUUCGGAGCCUCUUCUCCAGAGCAACUUACCAGCACUGGUGUCACAAAUCAGGCUGGGGACCACGACGCACGACACGUGCAGCGAGGACGCCUACAGCACCUUGCUGCAGCGGUACCAGCACUCCGAGGAAGAGCUGCGCAGAGUCGCCGCCGAGUGGCUGGAGUGCCAGAAGCGGAUUGACGCCUACGUUGAUGAGCAGAUGACGACGAAAACCAAGCAGCGCACGCUGACAGAAGACUGGGAGCUUUUCAAACAAAGACGUUUCCUUGAAGAGCAGUUAACCAGUAAGAAAGCAGUCGCUGGCGAGAACAACUUCACGGACGCCGUGAGGCACGUGCUGUCGUCGCGGCUGAGCGUGCCCGACUGCCCUAACUGCCACUGCCGGAGGAGGUGUGCUUGCGACGACUGCAGCCUCUCGCACAUCCUCACCUGUGGCAUCGUGGACCCCCCUGUCCCUGGCGACGCCCAUGUCCACCAGCUGCCGCUGCAGGUGGGCACUGCUGCAGACUGUGUCUCUGAGAUGCGCCCACCCAGCGUGUCAUCUGCGAGCUCUGGGUCUGGCUCCAGCUCUCCGAUCACCAUCCAGCAGCGUCCCAGGCUCAUCCUCGCGGACAGCGGCUCUGCACCAGCCUUCUGCAGUGACGAUGAAGAUGUGGCUCCGCUGUCAGCUAAGUUUGCUGACAUCUAUCCGUUGAACAGCUACAGUGAUGCUGAAGUGGUGGCCAACAUGAAUGGGAUCCACAGUGAAGUGAAUGGUGGCGGGGAGAACAUGGCGCUGAAGGAUGAGUCCCCUCAAGUGAGUAGUACCAGCGGCAGUUCUUCAGAAGCUGAUGAUGAAGAGGCGGACAGCAGGAGUGGUGGGGAGCCCCCUGGAGCACCAAAGGAAGCCGUGGCCCUAGGAAAUGGGAGUCCCAGGAAGGAGGACAGUAAAGUGGACAGUCCCCCCCCAUCUUACCCCGCUCAGCAGGCUGAACAAGCCGCAAACACUUGCGAAUGCCAUGUGUGCAAGCAGGAAGCUUCUGGACUGCCGCUGUCAGCGAUGACGGCCGGAGCUUUUCCUCCUGGCCACCAGUUCCUGAGCCCAGAGAAGCCCACACACCCUGCUUUGCAUCUGUACCCCCACAUCCACGGGCACGUGCCCUUGCACACCGUCCCACACCUUCCUCGCCCUCUGAUCCACCCCACCUUGUAUGCAGCGCCCCCCUUCACACACAGUAAGGCUUUACCGCCAGCACCUGUUCAGAAUCACACAAAUAAGCAUCAGGUAUUCAAUGCAUCUCUUCAAGACCACAUUUACCCGAGCUGCUUCGGGACCACUCCCGAGUGGAAUAGUUCUAAGUUCAUAAGUCUGUGGGGAUCGGAAGUGAUGAAUGAUAAGAACUGGAGUCCUGGCACUUUCUUGCCAGAUACAGUUUCUGGGAGUGAUAUAUUAGGGCCAACGUUCUCAGAAACAAGACCCGACACCCUCCCACCUCCGUCGAGCAACGGAACACCUGCAGUUUUGGAUUGUAAAGAGAAAAAAAAUGCUGCAAAAAAGAAAUGUUUGUACAACUUCCAAGAUGCUUUUAUGGAAGCAAACAAAGUAGUGAUGGCUACCUCCUCCGCCACCUCCUCCGUCUCCUGCACGGCCACCACGGUGCAGUCAAGCAACAGCCAGUUUAAAGUGUCGUCCAAGAGGCCUCCUUCCAUUGGUGAGGUCUUCCACGGCAUCAGCAAGGAGGAGCACAGGCACUCGGUGCCAGCCGCCCCGAGGAGUAGCCCCACGGGCCUGGCGCCGCUCCCCACUCUCGCCCCUGCCGCCCUCUCACCAGCCUCCACGCCUCACCUAGCAAAUCUCGCAGCCCCCGCCUUCCCCAAAACUGCAGCCACUUCUCCUGGGUUUGUGGAUACUCGCAAGAGCUUCUGUCCUGCUUCAGUAACCCCCCAACCCCCCACCACAGAUGGCUCCAUCAGUGCGCCUCCGAGUGUCUGCAGUGACCCCGACUGCGAAGGGCACCGCUGCGAGAAUGGCGUCUAUGACCCGCAGCAGGACGAUGGGGACGAGAGUGCAGAUGAAGACAGCUGCUCCGAGCACAGCUCCAGCACCUCCACCUCCACCAACCAGAAGGAGGGCAAGUACUGUGACUGCUGCUACUGUGAGUUCUUCGGGCACGGCGGGCCUCCAGCCGCACCAACAAGUAGAAAUUAUGCAGAAAUGAGGGAAAAGCUCCGUUUACGGCUGACCAAGCGGAAGGAAGAGCAGCCAAAGAAAGCGGACCAGCUGUCGGGCCGGGAGGGCGCGGUGGACCACCGCAGGGUGGAGGACCUGCUGCAGUUCAUCAACAGCUCCGAAACCAAGCCUGUGAGCAGCACGCGUGCCGCCAAGAGGGCGAGACACAAGCAGAGAAAGCUGGAGGAGAAGGCGCGCCUCGAGGCGGAGGCCAGGGCCCGGGCGCACGCGCACGUCCGCGAGGAGCAGAGGCGGCAGGAGCAGGAGGAGGAGGAGCGGCUCACGGAGGAGUUCCAGCGCCUGCAGGAGCUGCAGAAGCUCCGAGCUGUGAAGAAGAAGAAGAAGGAGAGGCUGAAGCAGAAGAGGGAGGAGAGAAAAGCCAACAGCAACAACAACAACAAGAAGCAGCUGAACCACGUGAAGGAGGGGAAGGCGAGCCCAGGCCCCUCGGAGCCAGCCUGCCCCAGUGAGCGCCCACAGAGCAGCAAGCCGGGGCCCGCCGACUCCCCUCAGCCCAGGGGCAAGAGCAAGAAGAGCAGGAAGAAGAAGGGAGACAGAGCCAGCAGCUCGCUAGAACAAGGAGACUCUCACAAAACCAUGACACAGUCGUCAGAAUGGAGAAGGUCACACGGUACAGUAUCGGCACCUAGUGGUACACCUGUCCCUGCAGUUGUCACUUCCAUGUCGUCGAGAGAAAAAGAUGAUGUCUUUCUGCCUAAAGAUAUCGACCUAGACAGUGUGGAUAUGGAUGAGACGGAGAGGGAAGUGGAAUAUUUCAAAAGAUUCUGCUUGGAUUCCGCCAGACAGACCCGACAGAGACUGUCCAUCAACUGGUCCAAUUUUAGCUUGAAGAAAGCCACCUUUGCUGCCCACUGAACAAUCGCUGUAGAGGGAGGCGGGGAGCUCACCCAGGUCCAGGCCGUGCCCAUGCCACAGCACCUGGGACCAGACCCUGGGCGUGCUGCCCGGCCGCAUUGUUAGCUCGUGUGCGUGUAGUCUGUGAGCCUUUGAUCGUAGCUCUGCCAUCGGGUUGGACAGUAGCUCCCGCCACCGUGGCCUCGGAGGCCUGGGCCAUGGCCCGAGACGAGUUUGCAUCAUCCACGUGGCUCCGUCGCCUCUGCAUCUCGCCCCGUCCUGUCGUCUGUCCCCCGGGCAACACCAUCACUCAGCUCCCACCGAGAUGGGCAGGCGGGGCAGGCGCGCUCCGACCUCCACAGCCGACUGUCGAGUGUGCACGUCGCGCCGUCUUGUCCGCCCCGACUUGUAGCCAGCUGUGUAGGACCCUGCAGAGUGAGCACGUUCAAACAGAAUCCGCCCAGUACUCACCAUCCAGUCUGUUAGUGUGCGACUGUAUUAACACGGAGGCCUGCCUGGCUACUUUUUAACA